AUGGUAUCGCGGUCCGCCGAAGGAAACGAGGGGCAGCCUCGACCUCUCACCCCCUCCUCGAGGACCCCCGGAACCCCAAUAAAGCCGCGAUUGACCCGAACCGGAACGAGCCCGACGAAACGGGAGGAAAAACCAAAGGAUGAUAAAGUCUUGAAGUCGUCGGCGAAAGAUGUCGCUGAGCUCAAGGACUAUCAAUUGGGCGAUUGCCUGGGCAAGGGAGCGUUUGGCUCUGUGUAUCGCGCGUUGAACUGGAACACUGGGGAGACUGUCGCCGUGAAGCAAAUUAAGCUGACGGACCUCCCAAAGAGCGAAUUGCGCGUUAUCAUGCUGGAAAUUGAUCUUUUGAAAAACCUUGACCACCCCAACAUCGUGAAGUACCACGGCUUUGUGAAGUCCGCGGAAACCCUCAACAUCAUUCUAGAAUAUUGCGAAAAUGGCUCACUGCACUCCAUUGCAAAGAACUUUGGGCGUUUCCCUGAAAACCUCGUGGGUCUCUACAUGUCGCAAGUCCUCCAUGGCCUGUUGUAUCUGCAUGAGCAGGGUGUUAUUCAUAGAGAUAUCAAAGGCGCCAAUAUCCUAACUACGAAGGAAGGUCUGGUCAAGCUCGCGGAUUUCGGUGUCGCCAGCCGAACCACGGGUCUGAGCGAGUCAAGUGUGGUUGGAACGCCAUAUUGGAUGGCUCCUGAAGUGAUCGAACUUUCAGGCGCAACCACUGCUUCAGAUAUCUGGAGUCUAGGAUGUACGGUCAUCGAGUUGCUCGAGGGCAAACCGCCAUACCACAGCAUGCAGCCCAUGCCAGCAUUGUUUCGCAUUGUGAAUGAUGACCAUCCUCCCUUCUCACAGGGUGCUUCGCCGGCCGUGAAGGAUUUCUUAAUGCAAUGCUUCCAGAAGGACCCUAACCUUCGUGUUUCAGCCCGGAAAUUGCUGAAACAUCCAUGGAUUGUCAAUGCCCGGAGGACUGAAUCAGUGAUUCCCAAAAAGUCCACCGAGUAUGAAGAAGCUGUCAAGAGUGUCCAGGAAUGGAAUGAGGCUCUCAGGUCACCUGAAACUGGCACUUCAAAGAGAAAGCAGAAGCCUGAAAAUACUUCUACCUCAGGCCUGCCUUCCACUAGAAACAAUCCGUUGGUUGACACUUUACCAUCUCCAACUUCUGUCAAGGCCACGGAUCGAUUCAGAUCACCAACUAUUCCCGGCGAAGACAAUUGGGACGAUGAUUUUGCUUCGGCAAUCUCCCCAAGUGCACUCAAAUUGCCACACCUUCGACCCCAUGAUAACUUCGGGGGCAUGCUAUCAUCUGAAAAACUCAAGGCUUUCGCUUCUCUAGAUGGAACCAUACUUAGAUCCGAUGACAGCUUUGAUGGCUCAGACGACAUUUCAGGGUUCUCAGAUGACGUGCAAACAAUCCGACCUUACACCUCUAAACCUUCGGUGGCAGAGCCUUCCAAGGCUCAAAAUCCCCCACGGGCUCAGUCUAACGCCACUGCUCCUACUGUUCCUGCAAUGCAGAACGUUCCAAUACUGGCUCAGAACCCCAUGCCAAGACGCGCUCGGCCAUCUGCUCGUCCGGCUACCUUAUUCAAGGAGAGUUCCGUGGACGAUUAUUCUGAUCUUAUCAUGGCUAAUGAGGAUGUACUCGAUCGGAAGCUAGGCGGUUACCAGGAAUUUGAUGAUGAUCCAUCGUCUCCUAUUCAUGAGAACAUCGGCUACAACCCCCCAGAUGAACAGUUUGGCUUCUCCCAGCCACAGCUACGCAAGCAGCUCUCUGUGAAGCGCGAUCGUUCAGCUAUUGAGAUCCAGAGGUUUGCGGAGAAUGAAACGGAUGAAGAUUUCUCUGACAUACUCGGGGCUGAUCAAGCCGCCAUGGACUCAACAGACAGCGACGAUGGCUCAGAUCAAAGUACAUUAAUGUUGAACUCGAAGCUGAACAGCAACGCAUGGCUUGGUGACCAGGAUGACGAAGAUGAUCCAUUUGCCCAAUUAGAGGAAGGAUUCGAUGAGGUCAACCUGGAAGAAAACAUUGCACGAGAUAAGUAUGCUCGCCUCAGGAAUCAAGUUGAAGGCCUUGUGGAUUCUCUCAAGACAUCUCAGGAUGAGGAGGUUCUCGCAGAUAUCUCUGAUCAGCUGUUCAAUAUCUUUUGUGACCUCCCGGAGACCAAGAACAUUAUCAUCAGUGCUCACGGCAUGUUACCCAUUCUCGAAAUCCUGGAUACAACUCGGCGUCGUGACAUUGUUUUCUGUCUCUUGAGAGUCGUCAACGCAAUCAUUUACGAUGAUUAUGAAGUUCAGGAGAAUCUCUGCUUUGUUGGAGGUAUCCCUAUCAUCAACGAGUUCGCGUCUAAGAAGUAUCCUCGCGAAAUUCGACUUGAAGCUGCUGCUUUCGUUCAGCAGAUGUACCAAACUUCAACUCUGACUCUUCAGAUGUUCGUCAGUGCAGGAGGCUUGAACGUCCUCGUUGAGUUCUUAGAGGACGAUUAUGAGGACGAACGUGAGCUGGUCUUGAUUGGCGUCAACGGAAUUUGGAGUGUCUUUGAGUUACAGGGCUCCACACCCAAGAACGAUUUCUGUAGAAUUCUGUCACGAAACUCUGUGCUUGAUCCCUUGUCGCUUGUCUUGAGUCGUGCCCUGGAUGAAGAUGGAGAGCUUGCAGAGAUCAUUGAAGGCCGUAUUGCCAACAUCUUUUUCAUUUUCUCGCAGGCCGAGAACCAUGUCAAGGAGAUGGUUGCUGAACGAACAGUCCUGCACAGAGUAUUGAAAGAAUUGCGAAGAAUGAGCCUAGCACAUCAGGUCACCAUGUUGAAGUUCAUCAAGAACCUGUCCAUGCUCUCAACCACUCUCGAUUCACUACAGAACUCUAAUGCAAUCGAUGUUCUUACUGAUAUCCUCAGGUCGAACCUCAAACGCACGCACUCCCGCGAGGUGUCGAAUCAAAUUCUUAACACAAUCUACAACAUGUGCCGCCUGAACAAAUCCCGACAAGAAGAUGCGGCGCUCAAUGGCAUGGUCCCACUUCUGCAGCGAAUUGUGAUGGAGGAACGUCCUCUGAAAGAAUUCGCUCUUCCCAUCCUCUGCGAUAUGGCACAGUCAGGAAAGGUUGGUCGCCGCGAGCUGUGGCGUAAUAAGGGCCUAGGCUUCUACAUCUCUUUGCUCGAAGACCCUUAUUGGCAAGUGACUGCUUUGGACGCUAUUCACACAUGGCUGCAAGAAGAAACCGCCAAGGUUGAAGAGCACCUCUUAGAAGGUAUUUUUGGGGCGAAGACAUUCACAGAUGCAGUUGUAGAAUGUUUGCAGCUCUCCAAGGCCAACGCAUUCGAAAACACCCUUGAACCUCUGCAAAAGCUCCUCAGAUUGAGUCCUCACGUUGCAUCCACCUUUGUGCGAGCCGAUCUGUUCACGAGACUGAGACAGAAGCUCCACCACAGCAAGGCUGCCGUUCGUCUGAACCUACUGCGCAUUAUUGCCAGCAUUUGUGACUCCCACGAGGAACAAGGUGGGCUACUCGCAACCUUCGGCCUUUUAGAUUCCAUCCGGGACAUGGAGAACGACGCUGCCAUUCUUGUCCGAGAUAUGGCAGGUAAACUCGUCCGAUCUAGUGAAGCGUUUGGUAUCAAGAGAAGACCGACAACAGCUCGGCGACAAAGCACAUCUACCCCUCCCCCGCUCGUCUACCCGGGCUCCUCUACCCCCUCUACCCCCUCAUCAAACCGGACCGGCCAGCCAAGAGGAUAUCUGGAUGGCCGCGAGACACCUCGACACCCACGAAACUCACUCAGUGUCUCUUCACUGGUCAUGAGGCCUGGCAGUCGCGACGGAAGCAGUCCAGCCCUCGGGUCCGCCGCGAACUCGAGCAAUGCGGCAGUCGCCAGGCCCAGAUCGGCACGACCUCUUUCCAGCCGAAUGUCCCACGUGGACAUACUGCGCGAGGAAGAUAGCAAGACACCGGGCUCCUUGAGCCGUCGGCCUUCCAUUAUUCCUCGACGCCGCCGCCCUACCAUGGCCGAUUCCGAAUGGGCCUGA